AUGCCGGGCACGCUUUUGUCGCAGAAUGGCACUCCCGCUGACUAUGAAAAUGGAGAUAACGUGUCAUUCCAAAACCGGCUUAUCAAGGAAGGCAUCAGAAGCCAGCUCCUGCAGCUAAAAGAUUUCACUGAAAAUGAAAGCACCACCAUUGAAACCAUACGCGACUACCUUGAGAAUUUCUUGAGGAGUCGUUCAUUAAUACGUCGCGUGAGCAAAACAAAACUGGCUUCCGGGAAUUCAAGCAUGCCAGAGCGAAUUUCUCUUCGCAAUAUGCUCUCCAGUUAUUGGGACAACUCAUCCCCCUUCGCCAUCGACUUGAUGGGGGCGGUCAUACGGCAAGGGACUUUUGUGGACAAGAUGGACAAGCUCGGUUGGCUACGUUCGCCAAAUUUGAGAUCCACCAUGGGUCACUUUAUUAGCAAAUAUGGAGUGUUCUUCCAAAUGAUAGCCAAGAACAAAGGCCAUGCUGUUGUGCCCACUCUCGAUGUAGACCUGAUUUGGCACACGCACCAGCUUUCUCCCGCCCGUUAUUACACGUUCUCGAGUGCGCAAACGGGGGGCAUAUUUAUCAAUCAUGACGACAAAAUCGACGAGAUAAAGCUCAACGAUGCCUUUGCAUGGACCACAAGACAAUACCAAGUAUCUGCUGGUAUUGUGAGGCGGUGCACCAAAACUGCCCAGCUUGAAUCGUGCUGGGAGAAAGCGCAGCGACGGUCAUAUAGCCGCAGUGACAGCAGAGAGUACUGUAAUGUCCACGAAGACCUGUCAAGGAAGGCUUUUUACGGCCCCUACGCUCGCGAUCCAGGAAUUCACCGUGAGAUAUACCCUUCCAAUCCAACCUAUGUGAAAAUCACCGCAGGUAUGGUUGGAAACUGCAUCAGCGGAACACAGGGUGUCGGUCUUGCACAAGGUGCAUGUGUGAGUGGCACCAUGUCCGCCCAGACAAGAGGGAAAGAUACUAUCCGCGCAGCCUAUCAUCAAGAGUUGUCUCCUACAUCUCCCAGUGAUAUCAGCGCUAGAGCAUGCGUGAUGGCAUUUCUUGCCAUGGGGUCAAUGUUUUGCAAUUCUUCGGAUAUGGGUCAAAUGGCCGAGUUUGCGUCUGAGGCGUAUUACUUGCUGCCCAAAGUUCUCAGUGACUCUGUCACCCUGGACGGCCUGCAAACACUUCUAAUACUGUGCAUCCACAGCCAAGCUAUAGUUGGCGACCUGUUUACCCAGGAGCUUCUCAUAGCCGCAGCAACUAGAUUUACCUUUCAUCUCGAAGGAAAUAUAAUUCCCACCCAUAUGGAUGCGCCGUCAUUACCACUGCAGCGACACAUCCGCACGCUGUUCUGGCUAUGCUAUAUCGUGGACCAUGAACAUAGCCUGCGGAGCGGUCUACCUCCAAACUUCAACGACGCUCACUGUGAUCUCUCUGUUCCGGACUGCUAUGGUGAUUCGUCUACCCCUAGCACCUGUUCGCCUCUAUUUCUCCCAUUUAUCCGUCUCUCAAUCGUCCAGUCGGAAAUAUACCGUCGCCUGUAUGCUGUUUCCGCACUUCGACAAACCGAUGCCCAGCUACUCCGCACAAUCCGAGACCUGGAUGAGCUGUUAGAGAACUGGAAGCUUUCGAUCCCAGUCGAAAACAGACCCACAUUCACCGAUCGACCCUCUGACGCGGGAAGCAUGCCAUCGUCCAUCAUGCAACUACAAUAUCACUACUGCAUGGCCACUAUCCACCAAGCAAGCGGUCGCUGUAGCUCCUGGGCCCAGAACCAGAAUACCCACGGCCCGGGCUCCAGCCUGGCAAUCAGCGUCGAAGCUAGCCGAUCGCUUUUGCGAAAGUUUUCCGAGUCCGAGCUCGAGUUCCAUCGCUAUAACUUGCUGUUCUGUCUCCCGUAUUUCACCGCUGUCAUGAUUCAUAUUUUCUGCAAUUUUCUUCUUCACCCGCUUGACCCGGGCUGUCAGGCAGAUUUGGAUAUUAUAGAGAAAGUCCCGCAUCGCAUUACGGCAUAUUUGUGGCCGGAAGCACCUGUUGCAUUUCGAAUGCAGGUGGAAUUUGUGAAGGAGUUGAGUGGCGAGUUGAAGCGUCUUGCACAUAGUGCGCUUCGGAAGGCUUUGAAUGGUUGA